AUGCACAAAUGUUGCGAGAAAUUAAUUUCGGACUGUUGGAAUCUUAAGGUGUCGGGUUGUCCUCUUGAGGUUAUUGACGAGAAGCUAAUAAUCUUAAAGAAGGAGCUCAGAGUUUGGAAUCAUUCCUGUUUCGGUAAUGUGACAGAGAACGUGUUGAAAGUUGAAGAAGAGUUGAACCGGAUUCAGUCCUAUCCGGAAGGGGCUGAUGGAAACUUUAACAAGUUGGAAAAAGAAGCUCACGACCAGUUAUCUCUAGUUCUGACAUGGAGGAAAGAUUUUGGAAGGAAAAAUCGAGGAUUAAUAUUGAGGGAUUGUUCUAUGGUCUCUAAAAGCAUUCCCUAUAUGGUUAAUGAAGAUAUGAACAAAAUGCUCACUAUCCUUCCCUCUUUGGUUGAAAUUAAAGCUGCGGUUUUUUCUCUUAACGAAGAUAGUGCUCUUAGGUCGGAUGGUUUCAGCGCGUCGUUCUAUCAAACCUAUUGGGAGAUUAUCCAACAUGAUAUUGCGGCGGUGGUUAUUCAACUUUUCUCUAAUGGGUGGCUUCCUCACGAUUUUAAUGUGAAUGUGUUAGUGCUUAUUCCAAAGGUGGUUAAUACGGAUUCUCUAGAUCUAUUUCGGCCUAUUGUGUUUUCUAAUUUCAAGUUUAAGAUAAUUUCAAAGAUCAUUGCUGUUAGACUUGCAGCUAUUAUGCCACAGUUAGUUUCUCAAGAACAAAGAGGCUUUAUUCCAGGAAGGGGGCCUAACCAAAUUCAGGUUCCUCCUCAUUUAUUUUACACCGACGAUGUGCUGAUCUUUUGUAAAGGUAGUGUUGCAAAUAUCAAGUCUCUGAUUAAGGUUUUUAAGGCUUAUGAGGCAGCUUCUGGUCAGUCAGUUAACUGCAGUAAGCAUUGGGCCAAGUAUCUCCUUCCUAAUGCCGAUAAAAUUAUUCUUAAGUUUGCUUCGUGGAAAAGUGCUCUUCUUUAUUUUGCGGGUAGAGUGGAGUUAGUUAAAUCUUUGAUUCAAAGUAUGGUGAUACACUCUAUGUCCAUAUACGAUUGGCCUGUUUCGUAUAUGAGUGUUAUUUAG